GCCUCCACCCGCCGUGUGGCCACUGAACCCGCUACCUUUUGCGGCCACGGCCGCCCGGCCGCCCUCGCGCCAUGCCGACCCUCCCAGCGAUGAUGCUGCGCAGCGGCAGCGAGGUGCGGCGGAGCGGGCAGGGCAGCUUCCUGGCGCCGCAGCCGGGCAGUCCCACCGGAUCCUUCCAGGCCUCCACUCCGCCGAACUCCGUGCCGCAAUCGCCUACAGGCUCCUUCGCCAUGCCGUCCUCUCCUUUGCCCAGCUCACCACUGCCCUGGAGCGUGCACGAGAAGGAACACCUCGACGUGCUUUUGCAGUGUCCCUUCUUCAAGAAGUUGGGCAAUCAGGUGGCCCGUCGCCUCUCUGGCAUGGUCCACAGUUUGCACUGCGAAAGUGGCACGGUGCUCUUCCGCCAGGGCGAUCCACCCGGCAAUUGCUACGUGAUAUUGGAGGGACGCGUUGGUAUUUAUGUCAAACCCGAUGAAGAAACACAGCCGGACAUCGACUCCCGCGAAGGCACUCCCAGGGACGGCCCUCCACUGCGGAUGCAGCGAGAGACCACGGGUGAAGGCCCGUUCUCGGAUGCUUUGUCCGAUUCCUCCGAUGACAGGGACUCGUUGAACCUCACGAACCCCUUCCGGCGCCCGGAGAACGAGUCGCGGCGCAGUUCCGCGGCCAGGUCGGCGCUGAAUAGUUCCAUGGACAUCGCCAGCCGCCGGAGCUCGGUGAAGAGCGGCCGACGGGUGAGCUACGAACGGCAGAGCAGCAGCAACUUGGAGGAGGAGCCGAUGAGCCGACGCACGUCGCUGGAGUGGACUGAGUCCAAGGGCAGUGGCGAGAUGAACGCUUCCAUCCAGGACCCCAGUGCUCCGGCGAGUCGCCGCUCGUCCCACCAGAGCCACCACGAGCUGCGGCGCUGCUCCACCGAGAGCCGCUUCAGCGAGCGCGCCGAUUCCAAGAAGAGUAACCAGGGCCGCGAGGACGACCGCAGUGCGGCUCCGAGCCGCCGCUCCUCGCAGCAGAGCGGCCCCUUGCGGCGUUGCUCCACGGAGAGCCGCUUCAGCGAGCGGGCGGACUCGAAGAAGAGCCAGGGCGGCCGGGAUCUCUCCAAAAGCUUGUCCUUGGGCCGCAGUCGCGGCAGCUUGGUGCUGAACAUCCCCGAGGACCAGCACUCCGAGCGCUUUGCCACCAAGAGCAGUGUGGAUGAUAUGAGGCGUCAACCCUCGCACGAGUUGUUUGACAGUUGCCAAACGCCUGGCGGCCGGAGCCAGCGCAGUCAAGAGACCAUCAUACGCACCAAGACCCAUGAAGGCUUCAGCGUGUCUCAUCCCAAUUCCCGUUUCGGUACGCAGGUGGUGCAGCUGACCCGAGGGCAACUCUUUGGUGAGUUGGCACUGAUGGGUGAUCAGCCACGCGCCGGUUCUGCCCAGUGCUUAGAGGACACGCAGUUCUUGGUGAUCACUCGACAGGACUUCGAUUCACUUCUGAAAUCCGAUCUCGGAAAGCAGAAGGAUGAGACCACAGGCUUCCUGCGUCGCCACGUCCCGGGCAUGGCCGAUCUGCCCGAGCAGUCUCGCUUUGGGAAGCCACAUGCAUCCUACUACUUCAAGCAUCAGUCAGUGCCCAAGGGCUUUGUCUUCAUGAAGCAAGGGGAGAGGACCAAUGAGAAGUUGUGGGUGCUCCGACGCGGGGUGGUGGAGUUCUGGCACCUGGAUCCUGAGGCAGGUGGAAAGCUGAGGCCAUCUUCCAAGCAAGGUGCGCGGCCGCGAGGUCGGCGGAUCGCGCUGCUGGUGGAGGGCGGUCUCUUCAGUGCUGUGCCCACCAAUGACCUGGAACCCUUCACCGUGGUGGCGCAAAGCUUGUGCGAGGUCUUCUGUGUGGUGAAGGGCGACUUGAAGCACUUACCUUAUCGCGUCAUGACCGCCAUCCAGGACCACUUGCUGCAAGCCUCCAUGUGGCGCCUGAACCGUUGCAUCGAGGGCCGCUUGCGCCUACAGCCUCAGAAGCCGCCUAAGGAGCGGGUUCCUGUGGAAGAACCCAAGCGACGGGUGCUAGCGGAACUGCUGCAUUGCGACAACACCAGUGAUGACCCUCCAGGUCGUGAGAGUCUCGCCUUGAGGCAGCUGAAGGAUGGCGCCUGGAAGCACAAGUCCACCUCACCAGAUCUCCGUGAGCUCCGUGCCUCAUCUCCCGCCUCCCCGCGGACAGGCUCCGUGUCGCCGGAGCGGCGGCCUGCGAGGCCGGAGCCGCGGCUGCCGCCCUCGCGGCCGAGUAGUGCUGCCGCCAAGUUCUACAAGCUGAAAUCAAGUUAUGUGAACAUCGGCCUGCGCCGGAGCGACGGAACAGUCCGCACCGUAACUCGAGUGGCGAGCGCCUCGCAGCUGACGCGCCGCGCGAAGGCGGCGUCCGCCGCGAAGGCGGACGCCUUCGCGCCGAGGGCAGCGGAGGCGCCACGAUGACGAGGCAUCGCUCACAAUCUCAUGCAUUGGUUGCUUCCAGUGGCGAGAUUCGGAAUGACAUCAUUUCAGUCUCCUCCACCCAGGACGAAGAACGGAUGAACCAAGUGCAGAUAGCCUUAACAGUGAGCCAAGCGCGGCUUUUUGGGGCGCAGGGAUCUCAAAGGAAGACGGUGAAUGGAUGUCCUGCAACUGUUGACCAG